ACCAAGGCCUAAGGGGUUAUGUCCCAGGUCACAUGUGGAGGCAGGGACAUUCCCAGCUUAGCACCCCUGUCCCCGCUAAGUAUCUCCAUCUACCCCACCCAGACCUCACUGGGCUGCUGUGUGACCCUAAGCCAGUGACAGACCUUCUCUGGUCAGGUUAGGGAUUAGAGUCAUUCCUGAGCUUCACUGACCCUGAGAAAACAGCUGGAGGGGGUUGGCGUUCAGGACCUGGAGCCCAUGGGGACUCUUUGCCCAGGCUUUCGCCUGCCCCUCCUUGCCAGGCCUACUGGUCUCCCCCUUGCUGGGCUGCUUUGGGUGACCUGGGAGCACUGGUCCCUGGGAGAGGAGCAAAAUCUGUCUUGACUCCGCUCCUCUCUGCCUCUGUUGCCCUUUAUCUCUGCUUCUCCAUAAAUAAAAUCUGCUGACCCUGCCUUCUGCCACCCUCACUCCCCGUCGCACACGUAUGUGAAUACACACGCCUUUCCAAGGGCCUCACAGAGUCAGCCUCAUAGGAAGCCCCAGCCUGGAAAGGGUUAAGCCCAGGCUGCUCCCCUGUGUGCUAGUGAGAAAACUGAGGCACCUGCAAAGAAAAGACUAGCCACUGCCUGGUAGUGUCUGUCUCCAGAAAGCACACAAGGAAACAGCGCAGAGAAGGUUUUCCGAAGAGCAGACAAGAAUGAUGAUGGUAAGCUCUCAUUUGAGGAAUUCCAGAAUUACUUUGCCGAUGGGGUUCUCAGCCCAGGGGAGCUGCGGGAACUGUUCAGCGGCAUUGAUGGGCAUUUCACCGAACUACUUCUCAGAACACCUGGGUGUCUACCGGCCUGUGCUGGCGGCGUUGGAGUCGCUGAAUCGCGCAGUGCUCACUGCCAUGGACGCCACCAAGCUGGAGUAUGAGCAGGCCUCCAAGGUGGACCAGUUCGUGACACGCUUCCUGCUGCGGGAGACGGUGAGCCAGCUACAAGCCCUGCAGAGCUCGCUGGAGGGGGCAUCAGAUACCCUGGAGGCCCAGGCCCGUGGCGCAAGGUCAGACGAGGAGAGCGUGGAAGCUCAGAGCAGGCCCCGUGGCAGCUGGCGGGCAGGGCGCAGGGCCCUGAAGAGCAUCAGUCGGUCACCCAGCUGGUCUCCUGGCUCCUCUGACAUAGGGCGGAGCUCGGAGGCCGAGAGGCAGUGGCGGCUCCAGGUCAACCGUCUCCAGGAGCUCAUUGACCAGCUCGAGUGCAAGGCCCCCCGGCUAGAACCCCUGCAUGAAGAGGACCUGGCCAAGGGGCCCGACUCGGGCUGGGCCAGCAUACCGUGGGCAAGAUGGACAAUGGCUGCAUCAGGCAGCGCCCCUGGAGAUGGGAGAGGAGGAUGGAGUCUGGUUUGUCCGGGGGCAGGUUGGCAGCAGGAGCCCAGUGCAAGCACAUCUUUGUGGCCCAGAGACAGGUCCAGGUGGCAGAGGAAGCCCUGCAGGACUUCCACCGAGCCCUGUGCUGCUACGUGGACUUCACAGGGGCCCAGAGCCAUUGUCUGCAUGUGUCUGCACAGAAGAUGCUGGACAGCGCCUCCUUCACGCUGUAUGAGUUCUGGCGGGAUGAGGCCUCCUGGAGAAGGCACCAGCAGUCGUCCUGCAGUAAGGCCUUCCAGCGCACCCUCAUUGACCACCUGCGGGCUCCGGACACCCUCAGCACUGUGUUCUUCCCAGCCUCCUGGUGGAUUGUGGAUAAUAACUGAGCCUGACCUGCGUAACCAAGGACCCGGGGGCCCUGCCUGCCUCCUUUGGGAACCUCUGGACUGGUCAGCUCAGCACCACGACCGAGGACCCUGCCUCCUCCAGGCCUGGGCCAGCCUGCUGGCGCAGGGUCUCAGCCUGGGGAUCAGGGACUGGGCCGCUUGCUUUCUGUUUAUUUAUCACAGCGUACUUUGUUGUUUAUAGCUUUAGUCUCCAUGGCACUUUGGCUUCCGCCUGGCUCAGGAGGCCUGGAUUCUGGUCGCCUCUGCCCCUGCCUUGCUGUGUGACCCAGGGCAGGUCCCUCCCCUCUCAGGGUGGCCCUCAGGCCAUCUGGCUGCCUAGUGGUGUCCUGCUUUCCUCCUGCUGACUCAGGACCAGGCUUCUGCUCUUCCCCAGCCAGUGGCAGAACCAGGCCUGAUGCUCAGGGACUCCCACCCCAGCCCCUCACACCUCGACCCCUGAGGCUGGGCCAGGUCACUCAGCAGUGUGGGGUAGGGGCCUGGGUGUCCCCAGCACCCUCCUGGGUGGGCAGGCCCCUGACCCUUCCAGCGCCCAUGGAUGGACCAGAGACCUCUGGAGGAUCCUGGGUUGGUUUGCAUGUCAUUUUGCAUAUCAUUUGCAUGCUCACGCCCCACCCAUUCUCAGGGCACUGUGGGGAGCCCCAAGGUAACCUUGCCAAGUAGCAAUAAUUUGGGCCCAGGGUUGCCUGCUGCCCCCAGAGACCUCUGAGCCCCAACCCAGGACCGUGGCACAGAGGCAAUAAAGGCAGUGGUCACCUCU